AUGCAAAGACCGCCGCGUAUAAUCAAAUGGUUAGCAUUCAGUGCAACUUCAGCUUUAGUGCUUAAACUGUGUUUUGAUAAUUUAUUUCAUAUUCUAUCGCCGACAAAAAAUCGAUAUAUGAUGAGUUCAUCGAAUGAAUUUGAUCAAAAUCCUCUAACACAAUGGGCGUUAUCAGGUGAAAGAAAGAGACAAACAAAUGGAGAAGUUAAUGAUGAAAUAAAACAACGCGAUGAUCUGAAAUUAAUUGGUGCACAAAUUUUCUUUCGACAUGGGGCAAGGACGCCAUUGAAUUUAUUACCAGGAUUAGAAGAAGUAAUGACUUGUCUAUUUUUUAUAAUUUUUUCGAGAAUACUUCCGUACCUUGUUAGUGUUUAUCGUUCUGAAUUCAUAGUAACAUACACGAAGAAACAUUUCGAGAGUUAUGCACCAUCAAAAUGGGACGUAAAAUUAAAAACAGAAUUGGGAGAUAAAACUUUGUCAGCAAAAGCAUUUUUAGGUGAUAGAAUUCGAGCGUUAAAGGCAGCUGAUGGUGGCACAGUUGUUUCAGGACAACUUACUGCUAUCGGUGAAGAACAAUUAUAUACACUUGGUCAGUCAAUGAAACCAGAUUUUAUUGCUUCCGAGUUGAUACCGCCUGUCUAUGAUCCAAAUAUUACUUAUUGUCGAGCAACGUACAUGGACCGAACAAUUGCUUCAGCACGCUCAUUUCUAGCCGGCUUGUUUUCCGAUGAAAAUCAAAAAGUUCAGGCAAAAGGUCCAUUUGAGAUUGAAUGUCAUAGCUUUCCCUAUGAAACGUUAUUUCCUAAUCCACGUGUUUAUCCUAUUUUGGAAAAAUGUCAUAAUGCUACAUCGUUGUAUGAAUCUUUACACGAUGAUCAUGAAUUAAAGAAAGCGAGAAACGCCGUUUUGAAACAUAUCGGAGCAUUUGAUUAUAAACACGGCAUCGUAGAAUUGAGCGAUGAUAUUAUUUCAAGAAAAGCACAUGGAUUUUCAGUUCCAGAAGAUCUACUUACAUUAACAAAAGAUUUUGAAAGUUAUGCGGCAAGAGAAUACGUUAUCAUGGCGCCAUAUUAUAAGUUAUAUAUUUAUUCGGGUCAUGACAGUACGCUUAUCCCUCUGGCAAUGGCACUAGACGUUUUUGAUAUGAAAUGGCCACGAUAUGCAAGCCAUAUUGUAAUGAAAUAUUAUUCGUCAAUUGCUGAUCCAUCAGACACUUAUGUGCUGGUGAAUUUUUCUGGACAGCCUCAAAAAUUACCUAACUGUGAUACGUAUUAUUGUCCAUAUUCAACAUUAUUAAACAAUUUACAAAAUCGUAUUGAUGUACCAAAAACAGUCAAUUGA